AAUAGGAGCUUUGAGCUCUACACAUUCACAUUAUGUCCUUGAUUCUGCCGAAGCGAGGGACGGACUAAAGAUCAACCAAAGCUGUCUCCACGAAGGUGAUCAUUGAUCCAUCACCCUAACAAGGCCUUGACCCCGGCUUGACAUGUGCUACUGUACUGUUUAUUACCGACCUUUGAGAGAUUAAACAACAGCCGACCGUCAGUGCGCGUCUGCUUCUCGUUACUGGGAGGGGCCUGUGGAGAUCACUCAGCUGUCACCCAACACAUCGUCAUGCGGCUCCCGCUGUGAACCACAACUCCGGGGGAGUCAGAGAGCGGCUCUGAGCAACAAGCGGGGCGAACUUGUGCUCUUCUCGCGGUCAGACUCUGCCUGCAACUGUUCAAGAUGACUGCUGGCGGCCACGUGGUCCGGUACCUGUCGGUGGCCGACUACGUCGUGUUCUCCGUCCUGCUGGCCGUGUCGGCCGCCAUCGGGCUGUACUACGCCUGCACCGGGGGCAGGCAGCGCACCCAGCGGGAGUUCCUGAUGGCGGACCGGUCCAUGUCCGUCCUGCCCGUCACCAUGUCCCUGCUGGCCUCCUUCAGCUCCGCCAUCACGGUGCUGGGCACCACGGCGGAGAUCUACACCAACGGCACCAUGUACUGGAACAACCUGGUGUCGUCUGUCCUCUCCAUGAUCGUCUGCUCGCGGCUCUUCCUGCCCAUCUUCUUCGACCUGGGCAUGACGAGCACGUACGAGUACCUGGAGAAAAGGUUUUCCAAGAGUGUGCGGCGUCUCUGUUCCUUUGCAUUUAUGAUCAACAUGGUGAUCUACAUGGGACUGGGUCUGUACGCCCCCGCCCUGGCCCUCAGUGUGGUUACAGGGAUGUCGCUGUGGGGCUCCAUUCUGUCCAUGGGAAUCGUUUGCACCUUUUACACUACAAUUGGCGGGAUGAAGGCGGUGAUGUGGACCGACACGUUCCAGGUGGUUGUCAUGGUAACGGGCUUCCUAGCUGUCAUCAUCCAGGGCUCCAUCGAGGCUGGCGGGCUGGGCAGGGUGUGGGAGAUCGCCUCCCAGGGACACAGGCUGGAGAUAUUCAAUUUUGAUCCCGACCCUCGAGUGCGCCACACAAACUGGAACAUCUGGGUAGGGGGCGUUUUUGUGUCAGCAUCCAUAUAUGGUGUCAACCAGGCGCAGGUUCAACGGUACCUCAGCUGCCCGUCUUUGGAAAAGGCGCGAACAGCGCUGUAUCUGAACAUUGUGGGUAUCGCCGUCAUCACGUCGUGCGCGUGUCUGUCGGGACUGGUGAUCUAUGCCCGGUACCACGGCUGUGACCCUCUCCUGGCGGGCGCUAUCACCAGUAGGGACCAGAUUCUCCCAUACUUCGUGAUGGACAUCCUGAGCUUCCUGCCUGGCAUGCCGGGUCUGUUCGUGGCGUGUGUAGCCAGCGGAGCGCUCAGCACGCUCUCCUCGGGCCUCAACUCCCUGUCUGCCGUCACCUUAGAGGACUUCGUCAAGCCCUGGCUGCCCAAACUUAGCGACAUCAAGUACACCACCAUUUCCAAGGCUCUCGUGCUGCUGCACGGGGUCCUGAUGGUGCUGGUGGCGAGCUUUGCGUCCCUGCUCGGCCCGCUGGCCCAGGCCGCCAUCAGCGUGUUCGGCAUGAUCAGCGGACCUAUCCUCGGCAUCUUCAUCCUCGGCAUGAUGUUCCCGUGCGCCAAUUCUACGGGCGGGUUGGUCGGCCUCCUGUCCAGCCUCGUUCUCACCCUGUGGAUCGGUAUCGGCAGCAUAGUGUGGCCCAGACGGCGGUGGCUGCCUCCCGUCUCCACGGACCAGUGCCCGGUAAACCUCACCGCUGCGAACGCCACCGCAGCCGACCUGUACAGGGUUACUGUGGAGACAACAGCAAAUGUGACGCAAACGACAGUUCUCAAUAGCACGCUUUCCUCAUUUGGCGGGAAUCUGACUUCAGCAAAUAGCGGUUUAAACUAUCCUCCUGAAGCUGCCCUGUACCAACUGUCGUACGCCUGGCUAGCGACGGUGGCUGUUCUCAGCUGCGUCAUCAUCGGUCUGGCCGUCAGCUUCCUCACAGACCCCCAGGACCCUCGUGAGGUGAACCCGAGGCUGAUAGUUCCCAUCUAUGACCAGUUAUUCUGCUGUCUGCCUGAGAAGGUGCGGAAGGUGCUGAGAUGUGGGGUUAGGUACGGAGACCAGGACAUGGACGACGCAAAGGCGCGCACAUCUGCAGAACUCGAGGACGAGUCGAUCACAACAAAGGAACAGUCUAACAGAAAGUCAGACGGAAAAGCGCAGCAGGAAGAAGCGACGUCUCUGUGAAAAAAACUCUCCUUUCCUGACAAUCAUUAAGCCUCGGUGCUAGUAACCACGUACACGCAUAUGUAUUUCCUGUUGAUAUGUCAACUGUGCGUAAGAUGCACAUUUUAUAUCUACCUCCUCCGGCAUGAAAAUAAAGUACUAUAGGGUUACCUUUCA